AGCCCAAAAAGAACUUUCUGAAUUAAGUGAUUCCAUGGCUUCGAAGGCUCCAUUGUCAUUGUUGUUGUCCCUCUUGGUCACAAGUGCUUUCGUGGCUGCAGAGGCUUCAGCCGGUCCCAUCUCCAGAACGGUAGACAUUACAUGGGGAGACGGCCGAGGGAAGUUCCUCAACAAUGGCCGCCUCCUUACCCUCUCCCUAGACAACUCCUCGGGCUCUGGGCUCCAGUCGAAAAGCAAAUUCCUCUAUGGGAAGUUCGACAUGCAGAUUAAGCUAGUUCGUGGCAACUCUGCUGGCACAGUCGUUGCCUAUUACUUACGCUCUCCGGGACUGAAUUGGGAUGAGAUUGACUUUGAGUUCUUGGGGAACCUGACUGGCCAUCCCUACGUACUCCAUACCAACAUAUUCACAGGAGGCCAAGGAAACAGGGAGCAGCAGUUCUACCUCUGGUUCGAUCCAACUGCAGCUUUCCAUACCUACUCUGUGGUAUGGAAUCCCUCGAACAUCAUAAUUUAUGUAGACAAUACACCCAUAAGGGAGUUCAAGAACUUGCGGUCAGUAGGGGUCCCGUACCCGAUGAAGCAGCCAAUGAGAGUCUUUGGUAGCUUAUGGGACGCUGAUGAUUGGGCUACACGCGGCGGCCUCGUCAAGACCAACUGGACCCUCGCGCCCUUCACAGCAUCAUUCAGGAACCUCAACUACGAUGCCUGCAUCAUAUCAAACGGCAGGUCAUCUUGCAAGCCAAAAUCCUCGAAAAGAUUUAUGAUCCAAAAGCUCGACCUUGCAGGUCAGAACAGGCUCAAGGCAGUCCAGAGCAAGUACAUGAUAUACAACUAUUGUGUCGACAAGAAAAGGUUCCCCAUUGUUCCAAUCGAGUGCACUCUCUCAUGACCAGGAGAUCCUUAUAAGAAAUUGAUACCGAUCAAUUUUUUCAAUUGAGAUACCGGCCGUUAUGCUCAUUAAUAGUUCUCUGCUGCCUACCUAAUCAAUGGGACUGAUCUCAUUGGCAAGAACGUGUGUGAUGAACAAUUUUUUUUCUUUUAAUUCCUUAACGAAGAAGAAGUUCAUUUUUAUUUAUUUAUUAUAUUUUGCUAAAUUGAUUCUUUUAUUGUAUGAUAUCAAAGGAAUCGAUGUAUGACUCAGCUUCGGCCCUUUUCCGCUAUCAGGAAAAAAUA